UUUAUUUCUAUUGAUUUGCGUUUGCUCUACAAAUCCCAGACCGAGUGUCGCAUUCUAUCUCCGUUUUCUAGGGUUCCGCCACCAUCAUCGAUGGCCGAAGUGAUCAACAUGUCCGUCGAUUCUUUGGAGCGCCCACGAGAGCGUAGCAAGGACAAUAAAUCUGCCGAGGAUGUCGAGUCGUCUCCGCCGCCGCCACCGCCGCCGCCACCGCCGCUACCGGCAUCGAGGCGACGGGAUAGGGAUUCGAAGGAGAGAAGGGACGACAGGGACCCGGAUCGCCCGCCCAACCGCCGUGGCGGUGGAGACUAUUACGAUCGACACCGUUCGCCUCCGCCCAGGGAGAGGGAUUUCAAGCGUCGGGCUAGCCCUAGCCCUCCUCCUCCUUACCGCGACCGUCGCGGAUCCUCCCCUUCGCGGCGUUCCCCUCCGCUUCCGCCCUUCAAGCGGUCGCGGCGGGACGAUGGUGGUUAUGACGGCCGGCGUGGAAGCCCUAGGGGAGGUUACGGUCCUGGCGACAGAAGGUUUGGAUAUGAUUAUCCAUAUGAUCGUGAGCUAGGGGGAAGACCUGGUUAUGCUGAUGAAAGACCUCAUGGUCGCUCUUUUGGCCGUUCAUUUGGUGGCUAUCCAAGUGGUUCAUCUGACUGGGAUCCAGGUCGGGGUGGUUACAUUGAUGCUUCCAACAUGGGGAAUACACAAAGAGAAGGCUUGAUGUCUUAUAAGCAGUUCAUUCAGGAGCUUGAAGAUGACAUUCUACCUGCAGAAGCAGAGCGAAGAUACCAAGAAUACAAAGCAGAAUACAUAUCGACCCAGAAGCGAGCUUUUUUUGAUGCUCAUAAAGAUGAAGAAUGGUUGAAAGACAAGUAUCAUCCCACAAAUUUACUAACAGUGAUAGAAAGGAGGAAUGAACUUGCACGAAAGAUGGCAAAGGACUUUUUGCUUGAUUUGCAGAGUGGAACGCUGGAUUUGGGUCCUGGAGUCAGUACCUCAUCUCCAAACAAAUCAGGACAGACAAGUGAUCCAAACUCUGAUGAUGAAGCAGACGUUAAUGGCAAAAGAAGGCGGCAUGGAAGGGCUCCAGAUAAAGAAACUGAUCUUCUUUCAACAGCUCCCAAGGCUCACCUUAUCAGCUCUGAACCCAGGCGGAUCCAAGUUGACGUUGAACAAGCACAGGCACUAGUAAGAAAGCUUGACACUGAAAAAGGAAUUGAGGACAAUAUAUUAUCUAGGGUUGACAAUGACAGAAUGACCAGGGACAAGUUGCAUGGUUCUAGUGGCCCGGUUAUUAUAGUGCGUGGUUUAACCUCUGUCAAAGGCCUGGAGGGCACUGAACUAUUGGAUACCCUUAUUACAUAUCUUUGGCGCAUUCAUGGAAUGGAUUACUAUGGAUUAAUUGAAACAAGUGAACCAAAGGGUCUGCGGCAUGUAAGGGUAGAUGGCAAGAGUUCUGAUGCACCAAAUAAUGGGGCUGAGUGGGAAAAAAAACUAGAUUCUCGUUGGCAAGAGAGGUUGAAGGGCCAGGAUCCUUUGGAAAUAAUGACUGCAAAGGAAAAGAUUGAUGCUGCUGCUGUUGAGGCUUUAGACCCCUAUGUUCGAAAAAUUAAGGAUGAGAAAUAUGGGUGGAAGUAUGGCUGUGGGGCUAAGGGUUGCACAAAACUGUUCCAUGCUGCUGAGUUUGUCCAUAAGCAUUUAAAGCUGAAACAUCCAGAUCUUGUGAUGGAGCUCACUUCUAAAGUGCGCGAAGAUCUGUAUUUUCAGAACUACAUGAAUGAUGCAGAUGCACCUGGUGGGACACCUGUUAUGCAGCCUUCUAUGCUGAAGGAGAAGAUUCAGAGGCGUAGGCCAGGUCCAGAUAAUCGACUGAAAGAUGAGAGAGGUGUCCGUAGAGAGCGUGACAAUCGAGACAAUGGGAAUGAAAGAUAUGAUAGGUCUGAGAAGCCGCAGUCCAUGGAUUUCCAGUCCAAUAAUGAUGGUGGGAAUCCUGAUGAUCAAAUGUUUGAUUCCUUUGGUGGACAAGGGAUGCAUGUUGGCCCUCCUUUCUCUUCAGAUAUGCCACCUCCUCCUGUACUUAUGCCUGUUCCUGGUGCUGGUCCAUUGGGACCAUUUGUCCCUGCUCCCCCUGAAGUUGCCAUGCGGAUGCUACGAGAGCAAGGGGGGCCAGCCCCUUUUGAAGGUGGUGGUAGAAGUGGGAGGUCUGGUCCUCAAUUGAGUGGGCCAGCCCCAAUCAUUACUUUGCCUCAAGGAUUUCGACAGGAUCCUCGUCGUCUAAGAAGUUAUCAAGACCUUGAUGCACCAGAGGAUGAAGUGACUGUAAUCGACUACAGGAGCUUGUAAGUUUAGGCACGUCUUGGGUGUAAAAUUGUAUCAAAUGUUCUCUCGUCUUGGAGAACCGGGUUGGGGAAAGGUCAAAGUGUGAUAGUUCUACGAAUCCGGUUAUAAGAGCAGUGUGUGAUCCAAAGAGGACAUGAACUGCCUGCUGGUGUGCAUCCAUCUCAGAAACCUUUUAUGUUUAUGCUGUGGGUAAAAUUCUUUAAACUCCAAUAUUGCCAGGUAUUUUGCAGGUGGAUUAGUUAUGUAAAGAGGAUAAUAUUCUUUACCCACGUGGUCUGAGAAUUAGCAAGGGUCAACAUGAAUUGGACGUGAUGAGAGUUUUGACUUGUGGAAAGGCGAUUAGGUAGCUAUGAAUUUGUUUGGAUUCCCCAGUAGGUUAGAAAAUAUAAAUUUGAAAACGCAUUCUACACUGUAGAUUAGCUACUGUGUACUAAUUUUAAUGAUGCUUUUGAUUUUGAACUUGCAUUAGAGUUGCAGUUGA